GAUGUCCUCGCGUUAUAACGAAUCAGCGUAGAAGGGUUUAGGUGCUCUUGACAUCACCGCUCCCACGUGUUCUUUGCUAUGGAGCGGCCGCAGCGCUUACCCUGAUCCUGACCCUCUGUCCCCGGAGUCAACCCAGCGCAGCCCCCCAGCCUCGUACAGAUGUCGGAUGCGAGAGCCUGUGCUUGAGUAAGAAACAGCCUCACUGGAGACAUUCAAGCAAAAGUUGGACAGCUUUUCCAAAACAGAAAGGAAACUCAUGCACCAGAAAAGGUGACUAAUAAACAUACCAAAAGAAAAUGGCUGCACAAAUACCAGAAUCUGAUCAGAUAAAACAGUUUAAGGAAUUUCUUGGGACCUACAAUAAACUUACAGAAACCUGCUUUUUGGACUGUGUUAAAGACUUCACAACAAGAGAAGUAAAACCUGAAGAGACCACCUGUUCAGAACAUUGCUUACAGAAAUAUUUAAAAAUGACACAAAGAAUAUCCAUGAGAUUUCAGGAAUAUCAUAUUCAGCAGAAUGAAGCUCUGGCAGCCAAAGCAGGACUCCUUGGCCAGCCACGAUAGAGAAGUCCUGAUGAAUGGACUUUCAAUGAAAGAUUGCCAAGAGCUGCUGCACUGGAAAUGAGGAGUCAUCUGAUAGAACCCCCUGAAAGCAGUAGCCACCACGUUAAACCAUCUGUCAUGACUGGCAAAUGGAAGCCACCGGAGAAAGAAAAUUGCUAUUUAUGAGGAAUAAUCAAAAUAGAAGGUUUGAUUAUUCAAUGAAAAUAGUAAGAUGCAACAUUUAUUGAGGCCUUAAGAUUCAGCAGCUUGGUCACUUGAUUAGAAAAAUAAACCAUUGUUUCUUUAAUUGUGACUGUUAAUUUUAAAGCAAAAUAUGUGGUCAAUCAUGUAUGAGAUAGAAAAAAAUUUUUAUUACUAAAAGUAAAAUAAAUGGAAAUAUCACUGA